UCAAAGGGAAUCUGGUUUCAUGGACAAAAGUGUAUUCAGUCAAUAAUAAUAAUAAGGCUUGACUUAAGUCCGAAUAUUAAGGGUGUUUUGUAGUAUUUCAAUGGCUACGAAGAUAUAGCUGUGAUCAACAUAUUUUUCUCUAUCUAACUUAAAAAAAAAAACCCUACUGUGUGUACUUGUGUGUAGUGUGUGUAUUUGCUACUGAUUCAAAUUAUAACAUGUUCACUCAGGUAUGACGGGUGAGCCGGGUAGAAUAGCGCUUGUGUCACCUUGCUACACUUCGAGAGUAGAUCCGUACUUAUAAUAGAACGGCACUAUCGGUACGACACGCUGCACAGGACUUGUUUACUCUACUUUAUUUUAUUAGUAUUAUUGAAAAACAACACAUCAAUGACAUGCUCGCUCACACAGCAACUAAUCAAUGUAUUCAGUGAGUAACGAUACAUUGAAAUGUAUAAGAGUCAAAAUUUGAAAUGGAUUUUACUGCUUCUAAUUGGUUUCAUUAUUCUUUCCCUCUAUUGGCUAUCUCGGAGCAUUGCACUCACUCUGUACAUCGAUAAUAAUGUGAGAGUUUCAUGGGACGAUGAAUCGAACAAGUUUUUCAUCACCAACGAUACUAUAACUUUGCCUCACCAGAUUUCUGUAGACACAAAUCCUAACCAGAAUACACAUGAGAAAAUACCACAGUUCAAAUUAAGUCAUUUCAACAAUGAAUUCACUCAUUUGAUUCGAAGAUAUUUGACUCCAGUAACAAAAGCCUUGCACGAAGACAUUUCAAUAAAUGAUUCUAUAUCUGAACAUAUUCUAAGGUCUGGUUUAGGACUUGAGCCUUACACAACUGAAAAGAAGGAAGACAUUUGGAUAGAGAAUGGUGUCCAGUAUCGUCCAUAUCCAUUUCUAGAGAAAGCUGAUAAUCCGUUUUACACGUCAGAGUUCGAAGCUUUUGUUCCUUUUAAUAAAACAGACUUUUUUCAAAGAGAUGAAAAAAGUUUGUCACGUGAUAUUACCAACAAGAAAAUCAUUCUCUGGUGGCAGCACAAGAUAGCUCAAGCUCCUAUCACUGGACUGAACCCUCUGAGGGCGUGUCCAGACUUUCCAUGUGUGGUCACUUCGGACAGGAAGUACACAGAGAACAGCAGUGCUCUCAUCAUCAAUGUUCAAUUUGUCAACAAUGAGCGACCUCCCCCAAGACGUUUAGAUCAAGUCUUUGUGCACUAUCAAAUAGAAGCCCCGUUUAAUUAUUGGUUUUAUGGAUAUAUAUUUGACCCAUCCAAGGGCUGGAAUGAUGUAUUUAACUGGACAAUGUCUUAUCGCAUGGACGCUGACAUUGUCACCUAUCAUGGCAUUGUCAGAAGGCGUAGAGUAGAGAAAAAGAAAAACUAUCAGGAUAUCUUGGCCAAGAAGAAAGGUCUAAUAGCAUGGAUGGUCUCUAGCUGUGGCGCUCAUUCCAGAAGACAAGACUAUGUAAAGGAGUUACAGAAAUACAUACCAGUUGAUAUUUAUGGAAAGUGUGGUCCCUUUAAAUGCUCCAGAGACAAAGAUAAAGAUUGCCUUCAAGAGAUUACAUUAAAAUACAAAUUCUACCUCGGUUUUGAAAACAAUUUCUGUAAAGAUUAUAUCACAGAGAAACUCUUUAAAUACCUAGACAGUGAUAUGAUCGUCAUUGCCCGAGGUUACAAUACUUACUCAAGAAUUUUACCUUCCGAAAUAUUUCUUAACACUGCCAACUUUAAGUCUCCUAAAGAGCUUGCUGACAGAAUUCUUUACCUCGAUUCUCAUGACGAAGAAUAUUUGCACAUGCUUCAAGAAAAAGACAAGUAUUUCGCUGUAUAUGAAGACUAUCCGUUGACUAAUGUACAGCCAACAUUUCUGGAACAUCGUUAUGAGGCUGUUGCAAUGUGUGAACUUUGUCAAAGACUCUGGAACUUGGAGAAAUAUUCCAAACAAAUUCCAGAUAUGGAAGCGUGGUUUCAUAAAAAAGAAUAUCAAUGUCAAGGUCCCUCAGACAUUUAAAGAAAUCAUCCUCUAGUCGUAUAACCCUAAAACAACAGUUGAUCAGCACCAAGGCGCUCUUAUCAAAGGCAGUGUACAAACAAAAAGCUGUGAACAUACAAAAUAAAAAAAAUGUUAACACAACAUUGGGAGCACAGCAGAAGGAUUUCCUCAUGAGAAGCACAGCAGGAGGAGUUCCUCAUGGGAAACAUAGCAGGAAGAGUUCCUCGUGGGGAACACGGCAAGGAGAGUUCCUCAUUGGAAGCACAGCAGGAAGAGUUACUCGUGGGGAACACAGCAAGGAAAGUUCCUCAUUGGAAGCACAGCAGGAAGAGUUCCUCAUGGGAAUCACAGCAGGAAGAGUUCCUCUUGUGGAGCACUGCAGGAUGAGACCUUGUCGCAUAUAGAUAAAAGACAGGACAAGAAGUCUGAUAAAGUGGUUUUAAUCAUCACCAAAGCUCUCUUAUACAAGGAGUUUAUGAAAGUGGCUGCUACCGGUAACAGUUCAUUCAGUUGAUUGCAGCUACCAAAUCUAAGAUCUUGCUCUACUUGCUGUAGUGCUGCUGGAUUUAGCUUUGAGAUUUUGUGUCGAACUAUUUCAUCCUCCAGAAUGUGUUUUUCUUUCUGUAUAAAAUUAUAGAAUUGUUGAUGGGAAAAUGUAGUUUAUCUAUGACUACAGUGAUGUCCAGCCUAGCCCCGGGUUCACAUUCAUGUGGGAAGCGUGGUCGAGAGGCCAAGUAAGCUUGAACUUGGCUUUGCUACCUAUGAAGGGGGCUCGAGGUUUCGACACCCGACUCGAGCAGAGUUUUUGUUUACUGUCGCCGCAAAUAAAUACGUCGUCCAAUGGAAAGAAGCAUUCACUGUAGGCCCAGUGGCUAAAGGUUGAACAUCUUAUUGUCAUACGAGAUCAAAAUACUUAACGAUAGAUUGAGAGUAAUUAUACAUGUCAAUCGACGCAGGUAUAAUAAUGUAGUAUGUUUCUUUUUUUGUGUGUGUCACAAACUGAUACAAAUUAUACCAAACAUUCAAGAAAACUCUCUCUCUCUCUCUUUAUAUAUAUAUAUAUAUAUAUAACAUAUUUGUACUCAUAAAAUGUGCAAUCAGUUGUACAUCAGACCUAAAUAAAUGUGAUAGUAGAUAGAUAGUUGGUGUAGCAUCUAUCAAUGUAAAAUAUGUUUAUUUAUUGAUACUUCAUAAUGUUUUACUUUAUUAAAAUAGUUCUAAGAUGUUUUAGAAAGAGAAAUUCCUGUACAGAUAAGCUGCUUUGAUUGAAUGAUUCGAUCAGUAUCUAAACUUUUCUUUCCUUACACUUUAAUAUGAAUAAAUAAGAAAACCUAAAGUGUACCUUACUAAUGAUAAUUAUUAAUCUAACUAUGGGGGCUUAGACUUUAUUGAUUUCAAGAAAGUUUUCGGUUGAGUAUGGCCCGGGGAACUCUGGGCGACUAUGGAAAAGUACAACAUUAAUAAAAACAUAAUUAAAGUUAUCCAGAACCUCUACAAGGAUGCCACCAGUGCGGUGCACUUCAACAAUGAUAUUGGGGACCGCUUCAAAAUAACAGCUGGAGUAAGACAAGGCUGCCUACUUUCACCAACACUCUUCAAUAUCUUCCUUGAAAGGAUAAUGGAAGAUGCUCUCGAGGGCAUAAGAGGAAGAAGAAUUACUAACUUGCGCUUCGCAGAUGACAUUGACGGCCUAGCAGGGAUAGAAGAAGAACUAGCUGACCUGGUGAUGCGCAUUGACAAGACUUCAGAAGCAUAUGGUAUGCAAAUAAAUGCCGAAAAAAAAAUAAUGACCAAUAGCCAAGAAGGUUUUAAAAGAUGCAUCAGUAUUGGAGGUGAAAAGCCAACUAGUGUUAGCAGUUUCAAAUACCUCGGAGCUAUUGUCUGAGAUGAGGGAACAAAACCCGAAUUAUUGGCCCGAAUAGCAUAGUCCACAUCACCUCUAUCAAAACUGAAAAUAAUAUGGAAAGACAAAGGCUUAGCCCUCGGCACCAAAAUCAGAUGCGCUCCCUGGUCAUGGCCACAUAUGCUUGUGAGUCUUGGACGCUGGCUGCAGAGCUAGAGAGGAGGAUCCUAGUAAUGAAAUUGAGAUGCUACAGAAGAAUCCUAGACAUUACGUUCAAGGACCGCAUUACAAACCAAGAGAUUAGAGACAGGGUUACUGUAGCGAUCGGACCCCAUGAUGACCUGCUAACUAUUGUAAAAAAAAAAAGGUAAGCUCAAAUCCUAUGGUCAUAUUACAAGAUCUUCGGGGCUCGCAAAGACCUUCCUUCAGGGAACAGUACCAGGAAAAAGAAGAAGAGGCUGACAGAGAAAGCGAUGGGAGGACAACACAAAAGAAUGGACGGGCCUACCACUGAAAGAGGUUCUAAACAAGGAGGAAUGGCGGAAGACGGUCGACGAGUCUUGCUUGUGCCCCAACGGUGCAACAGACUAAGGGAUAGGUAAAGGUAGGUAGAAAACUAUGAGGGCAAUACAUUUACAUAUAUUAGGUAAAAAUAAAAUAUAGAAAAAUGUAGGAGCAAUGUUUUUAAAGAAAUAUUUCUAUUAGUCAAUACUAUUUAAUUCUACAAUGUAUAAAGAUAUAGUCUGAAUGACAACUUUUUUUCUAACUUAGAAAUGUAAGCUCAUGUAAUGGAUAUUAUGCACGAAACACUCUAUAUAGCUUGUAUGUAAUAUACAUUCUUAUAUUUAUCCUUGUAUUUUUCUAUAAUGAGAAAUUCUUCCAGCAAAAAUGUUAAAUCAAAUGGUAACACAGUUAUACGGACAGUUUGAGUAUCACCCUAAAGGGAGUUGUAUUAGAGUUUCGUUUUUUUUAAUGUUAUAUCAUUUCACUCGUAUGUCUGUCUAUGACACAUUUUGUACACGUUAUUUCUCCCACUUCACAUUCUUGGAUCAACUUGAAACUUUGCACAAUUAUUUAUUGUCUAGUAACAAAACAUUAAUCAAUUUUAUAAAAAACAACGUUACAAAAGUCAGUUUGUGUCGAAACACAAACUCAAAAUCGGCCCCCGAAGUGGUCCACCCAGGCAGGCUUCAAUAUUUUCAGAAAGAACAUCCGAAUGAAAUUAUAUCAAAAACGAAUGAGAGAUAAGAAUGGAGAAAGAAGGUUAACAGAUCUUGUGUAGUGCCCCAACGGUCCACCACAUCAUAGGAUAGGUGAAAGUGAAUGUAAAGUUAGAUGUGAACCUAGCCUAACUAGUUCCCCUUUCAGACCUUGUGGUCUAUAGGGCAGAUGAUGUUAAUUUCAUCUGUUUUUGUGGCCUACGGUUAACGAGGGUGUCAUGUAGCAAGCACAACGACCAACCGCCUUUACUUUUCCCCAACUAAUGUCAGGUACCCAUAAGAGCUGAGUGGACUCAGAGGCGCCCAAAGAUUCCAAAAGUUAAAAAUCCCAGUCUUCACCAGGAUUCGAACCCGGGACCCCAGCAGGUUCGGAAGCCAAGCCACCUGGCCUAACUGAUAUCUUAUAAUUUAUUUAUCUAAUUUUUUGAAAAGGCUCAAUCUCUUAUUCAAAUCCUUUAAAAAAAAAAAAAAAAAAAAAAAAAAAUUUAUAUAUAUCGCGAUUAUAAUAUUAUAAGGAAAAUGAAGUUUAUAAGAUUACUAUUCGUUUUAAAUUAGGUCUAACUUAUAAUGCAUACUAAUUAGCUUUUUCUCUUUAAAAAAAUACUUGCAUAACUGAUUUUAAAAAUUAGAUUUUUCGCUAUCAGAAAAAAAAAGUAGCCGUCGCAUCAGGACUUUGAAUGGUCUAAAAUAUUGUGAUGUCCGAUUUUCAAUAUCUUUUCUAGUUUACGAGAUCUAAACGGGACGGACGGACAGACGGACAGACAUUUCACACAAAACUAAUAGCGUCUUUUCCCCUUUCGGGGGCCGCUAAAAAUAGCCAAUUGAUUUAUAAAUUAGAAGUAAAUAUUUAAUUUAUUUUAAUAUUGAAAAAGGAAUAAAUCUUCUAGUAUUGAGAUAUAUGACUGUCAUUGUGCAGUUCCUUCCUUUAUAGAAGCUUUUUUUUUUAUUUUUUGCGUGUUUGAUCUUUGCAGUCCGGAAAAAAAUGAUUAACAUACUUUCCAUAAAAUAAGAUCAGAAUGGUAUAGAUUAGUAAUGUUCUAUAGCCCUUGGGGUCUGACAGUCCUAUCCCAGACGUGUUUUAAGGGCUGCAUGUUGGGAAGAGUUGUGUCAAACGCACCUGAAACUCUAGGCCAACAAAACGAACAAGAGCUGGCCUGCCUCAAAAAUAGAGUUCUGUUAGGGGGAAAUAAAAGUAUCUCAUCACUUUAUCUAUUGUCUCGGACUCUGGUCACACGAGACUAUAGACGUAGUCUUUUGGAAGAAUUUUUUUCCUUUUACAACCGUUUUCAGCCGGGUGCCACAUUAAGUCAGUGCAACUAGCCCGGGAGGUCGCGAUAAAUGGCGCCAAGCCUCUGAGAUGUCAUUAUUCACUAUGGGCAGGAGGGAGUAUCCAAGGGCUGGAUAGCACUGGGCCGAGUUCUAUUGAUUAAUCUUUUUGAUUGAUUCAUGUCUUGUCAGGUUUAAUGAAUAAUUGUGUGAAGUGGGGGUUAGGGUUAGGGUUUAAAAUGGGGGAGAUGAUGUAAAGGUCAUCUGUUUCUGUUUGUAAGAAGCAUGUAUUGUUUGAUCGAAAAUCGCGACGUAUAUGAACAUUGCUAUUUUGAAUAUUCAAAAAUUAGUCCAAAGUAUUUUCAAAAUGAUAUGAGUUUCUACACUCUGCUACAUGCUAAAUACUAAAGUAUCUCCAAAUUUCCAGGAAGGUCGCACUUACUAGUCCAUAGUUUUAAUAGUAUCUUUAUCUCUUCAAUUUCUAUAAAACAGGAAGAAAAAAAAGACAACACAGCUGUAACUCAGACCUUAAUCUAAAUAUUCUGGAGCUUUUUUUUUCAGACUUUAUUUUCAAUAAAUUUUAUCAAAUUUUUAUUUAAACUCCAGGUCACGAUAAGAGUUCUUAAAAGACUUUAACACGUUCUUGAAAUGUGUAAAAGUCAACAAAAUCCAUCAUAUCCUUGAAAUGUGUAUGUAAAAAUCAACAAAAUCUAUCAUAUCAAUGAAAUGUGUUUUAAAAGUCAACAAAAUCUAUCACGUCACUAAAAUGUGUAUGUAAAAGUCAACAAAAUCUAUCAUAUCAAUGAACUGUGUUUUAAAAGUCAACAAAAUCUAUCGCGUCACUAAAAUGUGUAUGUAAAAGUCAACAAAAUCUAUCACGUCCUUAAAAUGUGUAUGUAAAAGUCAACAAAAUCUAUCACGUCCUUGAAAUGUGUAUGUAAAUGUCAACUGAGAUUUUACUUUUACAACUGCAAAGAUGAGCCCAAACUAUAGAGAUCUUUGAGUAUCAUGGAUCUUGGAUUACAGUGGCUGCCUCGUUGCUGGGGGUGUGUGUUUCAGACCAUCAUUGUAGCUAUUGUAUGUCAAAACAUAUAUUUUAUUUUUCUGUUAAAUUCUGGGUAUCACAGUACACUGUUUACAUUCUACCGCGUAUGAAAUACUGUUUGUAUUUCAAAUGAAAUUUUUUUGGUUGAAUUAAAAAUGAUUAUUUUUUUAACUGUGCCUUUGUCAAUCAAUGUUACAUAAACCAUUUUCUAGUUUAUGAAAUAGAUUUCAUAUAUCUCUGUUAUCAGAUGCAUGUUUCUUUCUUUUCCUUAAUUCAUAUUAUGGAUGCAAUUGGACUCUGUCUACAUUUUUAUUACGUCCUCCUGCUAUGCUCCAAGUUGUGUCCCCUUGUUAUCGGCUUCUGUUGUGUCGUAAAUAAUGUACAUCAAAUGUCUCUAUCCAGCGUGGGUCCCGCAUGGAAAGCCAAUAGGAGUGACUGCAAGCUGAUAGCGCAAUGCGACUCUUAAACCAGUGAUUCUCAGCCUGUUUGGUCUUGACAUCAAGUACAAUUUUCGACUCAUGUAGCACUGCUUAAAGACCGGAUAUAGCCCGCUGGUCGUAGUUUGGGCAUCGCUGUCUUAAACUAUCGAUUCAAACAUGCUUCGUGUUUGUUCUGCUGUUUAUUACUUUUGUUUAUGACAGUCUCGGAUCCUACGCUUUGUGGAGUUGACAGCUGUAAGUAGACUUGAAUGUGAUCAUGUUUGGAACUUAUUUGUUAAAGUUAACUUUAAACGCAGAUGAUAUUGUUUUUCAAAUUUAUGACUUCGGUUAGGUAUCACCGUCACUGACAACAGUCGUAUUUCUUGACAAUGUUCGCCUUUGUUGUUGUUUUCAUCGUUUCCUAAACAUUAACCUAAGCAUUGCUUGAUACUCUUCAAUCUAAGUGUCACAAACCGCCGUCAGCCCACACCCGUUUGUGUGUGUGUGUAGCAGAACAACCGCAGUCCACUACCAUGGCCUUAGUUAUUGUGGAAAGUUUUAAGUUUGUUUACUGUUAUUUAUAUUUGAGAUCUAAUGCAAUUAUUUAUGUUUUUAAUAUAUUUUAAUUAGUUGAAUUAGAUUUAUUUUAUUAUUGGAAGGGGAAAUAAGUAUUUUUUUUUGUGCUUUAAUGUUUAUUUUGUUGUCACGUGACCAGGGGACCAUUUGGGGAAAGGGGCAGUUGGCGCGGCCUACGUCAUCACUGGUCAGAUACCGAUGAUGCAUGUAGACGUAACCACUGAGGUUAUGCGUCACUGAUGAUGCAAGGGGACGUAACCACUGUGUUGCGAUGUAGUCCACGUGGGAGGAUUUUGCUCUGGAAACGAACGGACAGUGAGCGUGGGUUUUGUAGAGCGGACGGUCGUAUUUCCCGCUCCUGCUUGUCUUCCUAAAAUUGUACGAGAAAACUAAAGCAGAAUCUGACGUUCAUAGUCAUUAGAGAUCUGAGUUUAGUCACCAGUUGUUGAUGUACCUGUAUGUAAAUGUUUGAUUUGGAAGAUUCUAUACUGGAUGUAAAUAAAGUUAUAAGCCUACGUUUUUCUAACUAUA